AUGACUCAAAGAUAUUUUAGUGAUGCUGUAUUGAAAUUGGUGGAUGAUUUAGUCAUAUGGGAGAUGCCACAAAAUAUUUUUAUUGAUUCCUUAAAUUAUUUGUACAAAUAUAACCUUGAUGAAAUGUACUCAAAUAAUCUAAGAAUGAUUACUUUUGCUCUUAACACCGAGUAUUAUAUAGACACGGAUCCCAAGUUUUUAUGGUCUAUCCUCGCCGAUGAAGAUAUUGAUUCGAACUCAACAUAUGGAAUACCAUCCGAUUCAGCGGAUAUCGACAUUUAUAAUAUUAACAGUUAUAUAAAUACUACUGACGAUACAGUCACAAGUUUACGAUUUGUGCAGCCAAACAAGGGACCCCUUCAAGUUUACGAAAUCCAUGGAUCAUACAUAAUUUACAGAGGUUCGAUGAGACAUUCACCCAUAAAAUUAAUUGCCAUAAAUUUCAAAAUGUUCAACAAUAAUAUCAGUUCAAUUCCUCUGUCCAGACCCAAUGUUAAUGUCAUAAUACAAAAUUGUGGCAGAAAUGAGAGAAGCCACGGGUUGGUUAACUUUAAAUCUUAUUUCGGAAAAACACUGUACAUUGAAAAACGGGAUGUUUUCCGAUAUGUAUUAUUUAACGGAGUUUACAAUUUGAUCGUGUCCAAAGGAAAUUCGAAAAUUUUUAUGAAAAAUCUACCCUUGUUUUCUUACUAUAGCAUAUUUAAUCCUUCCACACGAUUCAUAGAUAUAACUUACACCUCCAUUCUUUAUUAUUCUGGGAGUGCAUCUAGUUACAAUUUGUCAAUGUUCGAGAUACCACUUGAAGAUAUGAAGCUAGCUUUGAACUACUGGGAUAAUUUUUAUAUUUCAUCAACUGCAAAGGUCAUAUUGACCCCUAAAAAAAUAUAA